AUGGAUAACAGCAUGUGUCAAGUGUAUGAAGAUGAAAUCCAGUCACUGGAAGAAGAAAUUAAACUGCUAACUGAACAGUAUGAAGAUAUCCAGCAAGAAUCCACCUUUUAUUCUGAGGAGGAGAUACUAAUGGCAAUAAAAUCAUUCCAAAAUGAUUUUCAGGGAGAAUAUAAGGGAUGUGAAUCUCUGCCAGACCUGAAAGCUCAGCUUGAAAGUCUAGAAGUAGACCUCUCCUUUUUGAUGAAAUUUACCAAUAUUCAGUUCACAAGUCAUUCCAAGAAAACACUAGAAAGAACUAGAAACAGAACAGUGCAGAAGCACAGAUUAUCAGGAAACUGCUACUCCCUGUCUUUUCAACUGAAAUUCCAGCUUCUUGAAAUGCAGGAUGAAGAGAAGGUGUCCACUGUUAUUACAGAUCUCAGAAUUGUAAUGGAAUCUGGAGAAGAUUUGAAUGUGAGCAAGUUUGUGUCAAGAACUGAAGAACGUGGAGAUCUUCUGACGUUUUUCAGAAGCCUUUCAUCGUAUGCUGAGUGGUAUGAACAUCGUAGGCGCACCUUCCUACACUUCAAGGGCAAGUAUCCUGCUGUUGUGACCCUUCCAGAAGGACUGCAGGGAGAUUAUAUCAUCCUGAGGAAUCCCAAACUUUCUGAGUUUGAACUGAUGGUCGUUUGGAAGAUACAUCUGGAUGAAGAAGGGAGAACUACACCUGUUCUGGACCUUCUGACUAAAGUACCACAACAAGUCUCAGAGCAGAACAUGGGAAGUGUUGAAGAUGCCCCCAGCCGCUUCCGAAGCCUCCUGGGUCUCUUUGGGAUUGAGACAGCCAUCGAGAACCUGAUCAAAGUGGUUGACUCAGAACAACAAACACCACCAGCCUGA